UAUUAGUUAAAUCGACAAUUGCACCAUAGCAAGUGAUAUUAAAUAGACAACUUCCGACGGUGUGCCGCUCAAAAUGCACACACUUCUCGCUUUCCCGCCGACCGUUCAGCCUAACCCGCCACAAAUUUUCGGCCGGUCCAUUAAAAUUCCCGUCAGUUAUUCUCCGCCAACAUUCGACAACCACUUACCACCGAUACCGAAGCUAUUACCCACGAGACGCCGUCAUUUGGAAACAUGACAAUUCAGUCGACGCGAAACGCCCAAGCGAGCACGAGUUCCGGUGAGCUGACGCCAAGCGGUCGCUUCAAGGACGACGAAAUGCACGCGUACGUCGAGAUCACUGAAUUCCUGAUAGCGGCUCCGAAGCCACGGAUUACCGUCGCUCCGCGUCGUUCGCUGUCAACCGGUGCAAACAAGCACCUAACCCUGCCGAUGCGCAAGAGCCUCUUCGCCCAUGUGCCGCCGUUCAUCAUCUUCCGGAACAGCGCGACAGCCGACAGGCUACCACCAGCGAUCACGAAACACCUGCUCUGGUGGCGCGCGAAGAAGUCCUUCCCUAGGAUCAUCUCCUCGACGAUCAUGAAAUCGGGGUUUCGCACGACCACCAAGCACUCGUCCAACUGGUGCGGGACCUGGUGCGACAGCAGGCACGUUCGUUCUCAGCUGCGACACACCCAAGUGUUCUCCAAAGUGAACCUCUUCCCCAGCAGCGUCCAGUUCGGCGACAAAAUGUUGCUCUGGAAGAACUUCCAUCGAAUGAGGAGGAAGCACGGCGGCAAACACUUCGACUUCAUGCCGUGGACGUUCAUACUGCCGGAAGAGAGGGACUAUCUAAGGAAGUACAUACAGAGGAACGGCGGAAUAUGGAUCCUGAAGCCACCGUGCUCCUGCGCGGGAAACGGCAUUAAAUUGGUCUCCCGUUUCUACGAAGUACCCAACGGUCGUCCCCUAAUCGCCCAACGCUACAUCGCGAAGCCCAGAUUGAUCGAUGGCGUCAAGUUUGACAUAAGACUGUACGUGUUGCUGACCAGCAUCGACCCGCUCCGAAUUUACGUUUACAACGACGGCCUGGUGAGGCUGGCUACCGUCAAGUACGUCGAUCAUGUAGACACUUUAUCUAAUAAAUUCAUGCACCUCACGAACACCAGCGUGAACAAGCGCAACCCUAGCUUCGAGCCCAAUGAUGACCCAACGAAGUGCAGGGGCAACAUGUGGUCCUUGGGUUGCCUAUGGGAAUACUUGUCCUCGGUUGAAGACGUUGAUCCGAUCGGCAUCUGGACGAAGAUCAAGGACAUCGCCGUGAAAACCGUGAUCUCUACUGAACCGUUCCUCGUCGACUCCUGGAGGAAACGUUCCAUGUCCACGUAUAAUUAUUAUCAACUGUUCGGGUUUGACAUCCUUCUGGACCAGCAGUGUCGCCCGUGGCUGCUCGAGGUGAAUACGUUUCCUUCCAUGCAGCCGGACACGCCGUUGUGCAGGAUAGUCAAGUGUCAGUUGGCCAAGGAUUACCUGAACCUGGUGGGUUUCCACGUGCCGAAUGUGCUGACCGGUAUGGAAUUGAGGACCUUGAGGAGGAAUUACAAGGAGGACACCGUGUGCUACAACCAACAGCUGUACUCUAGCUCGUUGACGUGGGCGGACAGGAGGAAGCAGUGCGCAUUCUCGAAGGUGACUCGGAGAGAGUACUUGAAGCCGAUCUUGAAGAACCUCACGCCCGGCGACGUGAGAGUAUUGAUACGGUACGAGGACGAGAUCGCGAGGACCGGUCGUUUCGAAAAAAUCUUUCCCACGUGCGAGACGCACAGGUAUCUGGAGUUCUUCGACGAGGUCAGGUAUUACGAUCUACUCUUGGACGCUUGGGAGAACGAGUACGGGGAGAGUCGAUCGAGAGGCGUCGAGAGACUUAGGAGACUGUGCAAGAAGAAGGUUCAUUUGACUUAA